GUCCAGGUAGAAGGUCUCUCGAGGCAGCGCUGACGGCUCAUUGCGGGGCGCGUGGCAGAGAAGAAACAACGGGAAGGGUGCCUAGAUCUCCACGGCGUCAUGCAUCACCCACGGUGCAAGCGGCCCCUGCUGGACCCUGCAGGGUGGCCAGGUUGGGCUGCAUAGCGAGAUUUGGAAGCACUGCACACCCACACCGAGCUGGCCUGCUCCGAGGACAGGAGGCGUGCUCACUGAGGAGGAAUUGGGGCGUUUACCCAGGACACACUAUGGUGCUUCAGCCAAGUGAAAGGCACUAUGGAGACUGGAACCACGGAAGGCUCGGACCAUGGUGCAGUCCCACUGGCUCCCCUGCCCCCCUCUCCUGUGAGACUGGCUGCGGGGAGGGAUCAUGGAUACUUGUCUGCCGGCUUCUGGUUCCCACGCAAGUAAGCCUGCUGUCAAUGGAGGAGGACAUUGAUACCCGCAAAAUCAACAACAGUUUCCUGCGCGACCACAGCUAUGCGACCGAAGCUGACAUUAUCUCUACGGUAGAAUUCAACCACACGGGAGAAUUACUAGCGACAGGGGACAAGGGGGGUCGGGUUGUAAUAUUUCAACGAGAGCAGGAGAGUAAAAAUCAGGUUCAUCGUAGGGGUGAAUACAAUGUUUACAGCACAUUCCAGAGCCAUGAACCCGAGUUCGAUUACCUGAAGAGUUUAGAAAUAGAAGAAAAAAUCAAUAAAAUAAGAUGGCUCCCUCAGCAGAAUGCAGCCUACUUCCUUCUGUCUACUAAUGAUAAAACUGUGAAGCUGUGGAAAGUCAGCGAGCGUGAUAAGAGGCCAGAAGGCUACAAUCUGAAAGAUGAGGAGGGCCGGCUGCGGGAUCCUGCCACCAUCACAACCUUGCGGGUGCCUGUCCUGAGACCCAUGGACCUGAUGGUGGAGGCCACCCCGCGAAGAGUAUUUGCCAAUGCACACACAUAUCACAUCAACUCCAUAUCAGUCAACAGCGACUAUGAAACCUACAUGUCAGCUGAUGACCUGAGGAUUAACCUAUGGAACUUUGAAAUAACCAAUCAAAGUUUUAAUAUCGUCGACAUCAAGCCGGCCAACAUGGAGGAGCUCACAGAGGUGAUCACAGCGGCCGAGUUCCACCCCCAUCACUGCAACACCUUCGUGUACAGCAGCAGCAAAGGGACAAUCCGGCUGUGUGACAUGCGGGCGUCGGCCCUGUGUGACAGGCACACCAAAUUUUUUGAAGAGCCAGAAGAUCCAAGCAACAGGUCGUUUUUCUCUGAAAUCAUCUCUUCGAUUUCGGAUGUGAAGUUCAGCCACAGUGGGAGGUAUAUCAUGACCAGAGACUAUCUGACGGUCAAAGUUUGGGAUCUCAACAUGGAAAACCGCCCCAUCGAGACUUACCAGGUUCACGACUACCUCCGCAGCAAGCUGUGCUCCCUCUACGAAAAUGACUGCAUUUUUGAUAAAUUUGAAUGUGUGUGGAAUGGGUCAGACAGUGUCAUCAUGACGGGCUCCUACAACAACUUCUUCAGGAUGUUUGACCGAAACACCAAGCGCGAUGUGACCCUUGAGGCCUCGAGGGAAAACAGCAAACCCCGAGCUAUCUUAAAACCGCGCAAAGUGUGCGUGGGGGGCAAGCGGAGAAAAGACGAGAUCAGUGUCGACAGUCUGGACUUUAGCAAAAAGAUCUUGCAUACAGCUUGGCAUCCUUCAGAAAAUAUUAUAGCAGUGGCGGCUACAAAUAACCUAUAUAUAUUCCAGGACAAGGUUAACUAGGAGGACAAGUUAUUACUUAAUAAUCUCACAUACUGAAUACUAGUCAAACACGUUUUUAAAUGUUUCUUUGGGUGUUCAUUUGAUGCAUCGACUCUAAUUUCCCUCUGCAGGAAACAAAUGGAAUAGAAGUCCACGGAGUCCAACCUUCCCAAAUCCCCAGUUCUAAGAAACUUUUGUCAAACCCAACAGGUUCUGGGACACUUCUGUUUAGAAUUGAGAGCUGCCAGCUAACAGUAAUUCUUCCAUAGCUGACUUGAAUUUCUGAUGCUUUUAUUGCCCCGUUUUCUCUGGUGGGUCCAGUGUUUUGUUUCUAGGUGUCUGCUGAGAUAAAAUGAGGUUGUCUGUAGUAUUUAAAGAGAAAAGAAAGAGAUACUUUUUUUUUUAAUUAAGCAACUCCAUUUGA